UCGGAUCACCGCGGUCCCAAACCCACAUAUUAUAGGCGGCAAAAAAUUCGAAGAAACCAAAAACUGAGCAAAACCCAUUUGGCGCCAGCCGAAGUUCUUCCAAAUUUCCAGAUUCCCGGGGGAAAUUCAAUUCUCACACACACAACCCCUUUCUUAAACUCCACAAGUACUUGGGGAAACACACGGUUUGCGACAAAAUGGCGAUUGCUUCAAGCUCUGCGUCCAAACGGAGCUCUUCUCCUGAUCAGAAGGGCAAGGUUGGAAAGGGUGUCGAGACCAAGGAAGAGAAAUCUCGGAAGCGAUCGGAGGAUGGGUGUGAUUUGCCCGAGAAACGCUCGAAGGGUCCGGGUGUUCGUGUCAUCCACGGUCGAAUCUACGAUUCUGAGCAUGGGAAGACUUGCCACCAGUGCCGUCAAAAAACGAGGGAUUUUGUGGCUUCCUGCAAGAAUCAGAAAAAAAAUGACCAGCAAUGUACUAUAAACUUUUGUCACAAGUGCCUCUUAAACAGAUAUGGAGAGAAGGCAGAAGAAGUGGCAGUUUUGGAGGACUGGAGCUGUCCAAAGUGCAGAGGCAUCUGCAAUUGCAGUUUCUGCAUGAAGAAACGAGGGCACCAACCCACAGGGAUUCUUGUGCACACAGCCAAGGCAACUGGUUUUUCCUCUGUUUCACAGCUUCUCCAUAUUCAAGGUUCUGAAAAUCUUGAUGUUGUCAAGAAUGUAAAAGCUGAGCCUAUUAAACGAGGAAAGGAAAAUUCUUUUAGUGGAAAUAUUAAUAUGAAUUCACAUUCUAUAGCUUUGCCAUCAAUCCCAAACGGGCAAAAACUCAAGACAAUGAAACAGACAGGGUUAAAGGAAAAGGAAAAUGGCAAUCGUGGCAAUGGCAUUUUGUUGAAUGAGACAAGUCAUGUUAAGCCUCAGAUCUCUAAUGAGAGGUUGAAGAAGACACAUCAUCGAAAACAGACUGAUGGAGUUUUAGCUAAGGGAGGGUUAAAGGAUACAAAAGAAGAUAACCAGCAUGAUGAGAUUUUGCUGAAGGAGACUAAUACCAGAAACCCUCCAGUUUCAAAACAAGGAUCUCCGAGGAUGCAGGAUAGCAUGGGGCAUUGUGUGAUUUCUAUGAAAGAGGUGAAAACUAAUAGAGAUGUUAUCGUUCCAGAAGAUGAAAAGAAUCUAGAGGUUAGCGUUUCUGACGAUGUUUCAUCCAAUCUGAUUGCAUGCAAAAAGAGUAAAGAUCAGAAGGAUAGCAGACCCUAUAAAGUUGAAGCAGAUGCCUUGAAGCUCCAAAACAAUGAUAUUGAUGUUGACAUCCCAUUGCCUCAAGGUGCAGAGGUAACUAUCGUAGCUGGGGUUGACCUACCAGCAGAAGAUGUUGGCUAUGCCUUGCAAUUCUUGGAAUUCUGCACAGCUUUUAAUGAGAUUCUUGAUUUGAAGCAAGGGGAGCCUUCAAAACUACUUAGAGAAUUAAUGCAUGGGCGACGUGGCCGCCCAGGGAAAUAUUCUCCAGCUGUCCAGUUUCAUAUCCAGUUGCUGUCAAUAAUACUAGAGGACUUGGGGGAAGACUCUGAAGCAAUAACUCAGAAAAAUGGCAAAAAUUCGUGGCUGCAUGCUCUACAGAAGUGUGCCUCCAGAUCGCAGAGUGUACUGAAAAAACUGAAGUUGGAUUUGUUUGGUCAGGAAGCUGAUGAUUAUGAUAGUUUAGACUCCUCAGAAAGGCUUAGACUCUUAGUGUUUUUGUGCGAUGAAGUUCUUUGUACUGCACAUGCAAGGAGUUGGAUGGAUGAUCAGAACUUUAAAAUUAUUCAAAAUAUGAAGGAAACAAAAGAAAAAAAUCUUGCUGCAAAACAAAAGGAGAAACAAUUGAAGCAGAAGAUGGUGGAUGAGGUGGCCAAAGCUAUCAUAGCGAAAAAUGGUGCUCCUCUGUCAAUUUCUGAGCAUGAAGCUGUUGUUUUGCAAAUUAAAACUGAAGUGGCUCAAGCUCGUGCAGAAAUAAUGGAAUCACAAGACAUGGUACCUAAUGGUAUAAAGGGAUCUGCUGCUGUUAGAACUGAACCUAUUCUCUCGGACAGUAACGGAUGCACUUAUUGGAAAUUAAAUGGAUAUUCUGACAACUCUAAUGUCCUGCUUCAAGAUGUGGGAACCUUGGAUGCUGUUGAGUCGAGUGAAAAAUGGUUCACCUUUGAUGUUAAACAGGAAAGAGAGAUUGAAGAAUACAUUUCUUCUCGAAGGAAAACAAGGCCAUGGUCUCGAAAGCGUACUGACGGACUGUCAUCUAGUAAUUAGCAAAAGCAGACCUGGUUUUGCUACUUUUCUAUCCAUUUAGUCAGUGCAAUCAAGCAGGUGGCCAUGAAAUGAUCAGAAGACUAUUGGCUGCACCAUUCUCUCUUUAGAAAGGCCCAGAAGCUUCCAUGGGAUUUUUGUUGAUUGAAUUGCCCAAAAUUUGGACUUUCAGACGCUGCUUUGUUACAAUGUUGUAUGAUUUUGCUGUUAAAACAUCUUGUUAGACUAUUCUGUUGACUGUUAUAACCCGGGGAAGCUAUCCUCCAUUGGUA